GCCUAUAAUUAUGGUCACCAGCCCAUUUCUCUUCCUCAACCAUCCGAAAAUACUUCACUUCCGUCUGAUCAUCCUCCGCCCCCUGGCAUAGACACAAAAGAUGAGUCUCGAGGCCCUACCACGGAGCCCCCUUCAUCUUAUACAUCGUGGUAUCAAGCACAAGUCCAUCCCCAUGCCUACAAUUAUUCUCAUGAUCACCCACCGAUCCGAUUUAGUAUUGCACCGGUCACUAAACCUCCAGAUAAGCCCCAAGCUUCUUUUGAUGCUACGCAACCAUACUCGGUGCCCCCUUCAAGCUCUACAGAGGCUGCCGCCCGGUGGAAUGCUGCAAAUAGUGGAUACACUGUCUAUCAACCCCCUCCUUCACCCAACGUAGGUCCACGACCGAAUGCUCCUAAUUGGUAUACUCCCUCACCCUCUAGUAACAAAGGUCCUCGGUUCCCGUUUAAACAGACAUUUACUAGCCCAUCUGUCCCAAAGACUGAGAACCCAAAAGAUGUGGACUCUGGUAUUGGUACCCCUCCUAAAAGCCAAUGGCCCCAGGAAAUAACUGUACUCCGGCCAUCUUUUGUGCCGCUCUCCGACCAGGUGAAAGCGUCGAAAGCUUGUGAUAAUUCACUUUUACUCAGGCCAUAUGAUGCAAGUCCCUCAACGCUAUCUCUAAAACCCAAAGUCGAAAGUUCUGACAUGCAAUCUCCGUUUAACAGAAGGAGACACUCUCGGUUUCGACGUAGUAAAUCUGGUAGCAGUAGUUCCUCACAGUCUAGAUAUCGAUCAAGGUCGCGUUCAGGUUCUCGAUCUCGCUCUUCUAGCGCUUCAUGUUCUUCACGUUCCUCUACAAAUGAUAACCACAGAGCUAAGCAUUCAAAUCAGAAGUAUGUGCCCGGUUACUCUUCAAAACGUUUGUGUUCCCAUGAGGAUAACCGAUCAUUGAAACGAAGGAAAUCAAACAGAUCAGAGAAUGGAGAUUCUCAUCCCCAAUCUGGUGCUCGUGGUGGUAGAGGUGCCAAACAAUGUAAAAGAGGCCGAGGAGCAUCAAACUCUAUAAGUACAGCAAACUCUCAAAUAGAGGUCAAGACUAAAAACUUCGUUAGAGGUGGAAAACGGGGUGCUCGGGCCGCUGUCUGGUCAGUUGAUGGUACUGGACUUGCUCGUUUAAAUCAGCGUGCUGACCGCUUUAAGGAUCAUCUAGGAGAGACCUCCUCUAUGUCAGGGGCCGGAGCAAUAGCACGGUCUGCAAGCCAACUUAUGCUCAUGUUUGCUGAUGAUGCCAGCGACCUGAGUGCCGACCUUGAACGCUGCUCCUGA